UCGCAGACGUACCUCACCUCUAGUGCGUUAAGAUAUCUUGCACUGUGCAAUGUUUUUAUCAAAACUACAUUUUGUCCCUCCCUGAAUUGCGAAUAUGUCUGUCGGAUUUUCACUUUGGAAUCACUUGAGAGUAUCAGGAAGUCCAGGAGUGCGUUGACCGCGAGGGUGGCGAAGUUUUCAAAAGUUUCUGCUACCACGUGCCGCCAUUCUUUGAAUGCGCCAGCGUGGUUUGUUUACGUUGGAGAACCGUGUUUUGUGCUCUCUACUUACCUUGUGUCCGUAUGAAGUGAUCCCUUUGACAGUGCGUCGUCUGCUACGAUGCUGUCGUCUGCAUUUCGGGAUAACGAACUUCUGCAGGCCGUGAGGAACGAGGAUAUCGGAGCGCUGACGAGGAUUUUGGCGAAAACAAAAACUCCCAAAAAAUUGCUUAGUACGACGAAGAAGAUCAGCAUCAAUGUUCAAGACUGUGAUGGCAUGUCUGGACUGCACCAGGCGGCGCUGCAGUGCUGCGUCCCUGUCAUGCAACUCCUGCUGGAUCAUGGAGCGGCAGUUGACCUCAAGGACGCCAGAGGCAUGCGUCCGUUGCACUAUGCAGCUUGGCAAGGCAAACCAGACCCUGUCGCCCUGUUGCUGCAAUACAAUUCAUCUGUGAACGAAGCUGCCAACACUGGAGACACGCCACUCCACCUGGCGGCACAGCAUGGACACGUGCAAGUCAUUCGAAAGCUGAUGUACUACCACGCCAAUCCAACGUUGAGAAACAAAGAACACAAAACUCCGCUAGACUUGGCGUGUGAAUUUGGCCGGAAGAAGGCGGUGGAGCUUCUUCUGGCAAGUCCUCGGUGCAGACAGCUGUUGAGCGAAUCAGCGCAAGACAUGGUGGACAACGGUCGCACCACGUGUCUCCACCUGGCGGCCAGAAAUGGCCACACCGAUGUCAUCAGAUGCCUUCUGGACGCCGGUGUUGACAUCAACCGCGCUACAUUACGCGGUACGGCACUGCACGAUGCUGCGAUGCACGGGAAACUGGAGGCAGUUAGGCUCCUAAUACAGAGUGGUAUUGACGUGAACAAGCCCAACUCAUCGGAGCAGACGGCGUUGGAUUUGGUGCGUUCGUUUUCCAGUUCAAAAGCAGCCAGAGACCUGAAGCGUCUUCUCAAAGAAAUGCUGCAAGCGCUUCCCGCACGUGCAAUACGAGACCACCGUGAUUUGCGUGACCCAGAGUGCCUGGUGCUAAGAGAAGGGGACAUGGUCACGGUUCUCGACCAAUCAGCGGACGGCAGGUGGAAAGGAAUCGUCUUCGGCCCAGGCCACAGUUCUAGAGCUGGCUAUUUCCCGGCUACAGCCGUGCAACUGCUCGACAGGCCUGUGGGCGGCCUCCAGCGUAAUGGCACCCUCCGUUCGAGUACGAUCAAGAAGGUUCCGCCGCCCGUGGUGCCGGGCGCCGGGAUUAACCCGAGGCAUUCUUCUUCAUCGUCGGGUUCUUCGUCGACGUCAUCGUCCGGGUACGGCUCUCAGCCGGACAGGGCACCAUGCAACGGAACACAUCACGACGAUGGAUCGCGGGAACCACCGCCCCCGUCUCCGGGACUCGAUUACGGCGACCAAACUCCGACAUUUUGCCGGCCCGACACAUUUCCAGAUGGCCAGGUGGCGCCCUUGAGCCGGCCUCGUAGCCACCCUGGGACGCCAGUGAGCACACCUACAACACCUCUGCCUCCAGGGUUGCCCACAGGUCGUGGCUGCUAUGUGCCCAUCGGAGGGGGAUCGCUGGACGACACUCCGAGCAUCACCGGAGGAGGAACAACGCUGGGCCGGGACAGUCCGAGCGGAGGCAGCGUGGAAUCGCGGCACAGCAGCUCCAGCUUGGACUCCGGCCGUGGUUCAUCCUCCAGUUCCUCGGCGGAUUCCAAAGUCGCCCAUCGUCUCUCAUCUGGCAGUCAUGGUUCCGCGAGCAGCUUGACUUUAACGAGCAGCGUUAGCAGUCAGAUGAGCAGCUUGACGCCCGACAUUGUCGUCCUUUCUCCAGUCAAUGUGGCCAGCCUUCUUCUUAACGGGGUACCUGACACGGAGGUUCUGACGACGUGGCUCAAGAACCUCCACUUCGAAGAAUAUGCGCAGUUGUUCCUGCAGGCGGGAUACGACAUGCCGACCAUAUCCAGGAUGACACCCGAGGACCUGACGGCCAUUGGAAUUACGAAGCCGGCUCAUCGGCGAAAACUAAAGGCUGAAAUUAGCAAGCUGAACAUCUCGGAUGGGAUACCCGACUACAAACCGGACAAUCUGCUGAUAUGGCUGAGGCUUCUUCGGCUGGAGCAAUACUACGGGUCCCUGUGUCAGCAGGGCUACACUACGGUAGACAGGGUCUCUGACCUCACUUGGGAAGAUCUCGAAGACAUUGGCAUUCAGAAACUGGGACACCAAAAGAAGAUGAUGCUGGCCAUCAAGAAGAUUCGGGACCUAAAUCGCACAGCGCCUCGGCAUGCCAGCAUCUACGCGGAGGCACGUCACGCGAGCGUCGACAUGGGUCAACUUCUCACUCCACGCCAGGGGUCUCACGUGAGAAUGGGACAUGAGUCCCAAUACCACGCCAUGCACCCUGCUGCGGCGCCGGAAGCGCAGGAAGUAGCCAUUGCGACGUCGCGCGCCGCGGCUUCUCGCGGCCGCAACUCUGGCUGCGGUGAGCCCGAAGCAUUGCAGUUGCGCACCUUCAGGCAGCCGUCACCGCCACGCAGUUCGGCGCAGACAACGGUCCCGCCCUCUAGUGGAAGUUACUUCCACCAGGGGAGCAGUGACUCUCUCUUGCCGCACCACCCGCAGUUUCCUCCUCCCCCAACUCCUCAGCAUUAUCAGCACGACCAGGGAACGACGGACUGGUAUCAGCACGACUUUGUGUCGAUGCAGGUGCGUUCCCCAAAUCGUGGCCGAUCUCUCGAAAGUCUGGAAGACUCGGGUGGCAAUCCUUACUACCCCCCUCCUCAUCCUGCCGGCGUGGCAGACUGGUACGGCACUGUGAGCAGCUGGCGUCAGCAUGGCUACGACACAGACUCUGAGCUGGUCAGACAGCCAUCGCUAGGCAGCUACGACUGCUACGAGCCAGACGGCACGGCCACUUUACACCGACCUCGAGGCCUCGUGCGGCCGAGGCCAGUGGCCAAGGUGGCAGCACGAGCUCUGCUAGAUGCUCCCUCGGCAGAGUUGGAAGCGAAGGCGGAGCUCCUGGCCGACUGGGCAGAUUCUGAUUACGGGGCACCCACUAAACACGUGGCUCCACCUCCGGCCCCACCGAAACGGACCAACUCCAUUCGUCGACAAGAAGCAGACAACAUGGCUGAGGCAGCAUUUGCGACCUGCGUCCAGAGCCUCACGUCAAGAUUUACGAUGGCAACACAGGACGAGCCCCCAUUGCCCCCUCCGCCGCCCCCCUGUGAAGAAGUGGCACCCCCACCCUGUGGUAGCGAAGACAGCUCCCCCAGCGGCACACUGGUGCGGCGAAAGGACUCCGGGGGCUCGAGCGUCUCCUCCGAGUCGCUGCCGUUUGCAAACGAGAACGUGGGCACCAUCAAGCAGCGGCCCCCCGGGGAGGGAGGACCUCCCGGGAAUCCCAUGAACGGGAACCGAACAAACGGGAAUCCCCUGGGACCCUCUUCCCCCGUAAAGGAGAAAGGACCGCCUGCCGUGAUGGACUGCGGCAGCUCUCCCGAGGACGUUCCUGUCAGAGACGUUCCACAAGAUUACCGGCCAGGAAAGGACAAGCCGACCUCAGUGCCAAGGCCAGCUGCCCAGGUCCUUUCCUCUCGUCACUCUGACAAACUGUCUGUAGUUAGUUCCUCCCACGGGGUGUCCGCCCCACCUUCCUCCUCGUCGGGAGACGUCAUCGACGACAUCGAGCACAUGCUGGCCAGUUUGACCGACCAGUUGGAUGCAAUGCUGGAGUGCGAGCUGAGCAGCUAAGGGCUUCGGUUUCCCCCACCGAAAUGCAGAGAGGGACUGAGAACGUCACGCAGCGCUACAUCUAACGGGCACACGUUUUAUUUUUCCCCGCGGCACGUCGAGGAUCCCUUCACGUGGCUCCUUUUACAGGGAGCAACAACGAUGGCUCUCGGGGCCAGAAAUUCUAAAAAGAACGCGAGGACAACACUGCCCCCUUCCUUCCCCAUAUUGCCGAGAACGUCCCUUAAAGUUACGCUCCCAAACUUCCCUAAACUUUGGCUUGUCCCUAUUAGGGACAGUCGUAUAUAUUUAUAGCCCUAUGCGAGUAUGAGAAAAAUUUGCUAGUGUAACCCUCCCUAUAGGAAACAGCAGGCACGACGGUGUUAUAGCUCGGUGCACCGUUGCCGCAAUCUUUCUUUUCGAGGGCCAGACUUGUGGUUCUACUUUCACACACAAAAAAAAAUUGGUGCUCCAUUUUGGCACUGCGUGCCCCCGUUUCUUUCGUACCUCCCAUUGUGGCACCUACCUCGAUAGUCUUCAUCGUGCUCCGUUAGUACCAAACCAGGAUCGCAACUGUGCUCCGUGGUGGCGCCACACAGACACCACACAGGUGGCGCCACAUCGCGGGUCGUGGCACGACCGACGUGCAUUCGAAAAACUGUGUGGCCCAUGGGUGGGUGAACGAGAACUACGUGUUGCAACAGAACGUACAGCCUGCAUCUAACAGGAACAGACCGACCGCCGCGGCGGAGAGAGAGAGCGCGGCGGUGUCUACGAGGGUUCGACAAACCAGGUGUGGCAACGUAGCCGAGGAAACGUCUCCUACUAUCACGUGAAUGGCGGCAAAAAACUGGUCUCGACGCGACGCGUCAUUCGCCACGACGGUGCCUCUGUGACGGGCGUUUCUCCGCACAAUCCACAAAGUGCCGGUUACCGCUACGUUACCGUUUUUCUUACAGUUUCGAAAUCAAAAAAAAAGGAAAGCAACUGCAAUAUUUAGAGGAAGACGGUCGUCAUAACGGCAUUGUCGUCGUGUUAGCAACGUGUGGUUACGUGGAAUGCUUUGGGCAAAGCUUCGAUUUGUGUUACCGCGAGGGCUUUUGGAUCUCACAUUAAGGUUCUCGCUUACGUGCAUCACGUUUAUCACGUUUGUGUGGCAACAAAAAUGCUUGGUCAUUCAUAAAAAAUGCUGGCGACGUGUUAAUGCGAGCGUGCUUGUUCAUUUUUGGCUCGCAGCAGAGUGCAGAAAGUGUUCCCUGGGAAACAUGAAAGGGGAAACGAGAGAAAGUAUUUAGGGCGAUCCUUUAAACAUUGUUGAGUAGGCGAAGGAUUCACAAGAACGGGAAGAGAAUAAUGAAGCUUACAAACAAUUGCGAAUUUAAUCAACAUGAAAGAACUGAAUGAACAUGAAAGAACUGAACUUCAUUGCGAAUUUAAUGUUGGAACGUAACGUUCAGAAGUCGUCAACGUGACUACGCACAGUGCAGAACGUAUAACGGCACACAUUUCUGCGACGACGGCCAGUCUGCUAGACUGGAUAAGCGUAUUUACGAGGGCAGACAUGACGGACCUGCGUGCGCGAGGAAAAAAGUUAUUGCCGUCACGCGACACCUAGCCUUUCACCGACAAAAGUCACAUUUAUACGAAAACAAGUGGGGGAAAAAAAAAGUGGCGGAAAAAAAAAAUUACAUUCACUGUGUAGCGCUUAGACUUCUGUACAUAGAAAUCAAAGAAAACCCUCCUCACCUCAGAGCAAAGUAUAUCCAGGGACUCAGACCAAUGGGUUAUAGUUUUUCCCUCUGUGGAUUCGUUUAUGUACGUCGGUUCCAGAAUCAGCUUUUGCUGGUCCAUUUGUUAUACUUUUACGUUCCUUUUGUCGCAACAACUUGGGUCCACUUUGAACGAGAAAGACAAACUGAACUUGACGAGUGAGCAUAAAAGACGCUCGUAGCAUUUCCAGAGGAUCUGCAGAUUUUUCGUUUAGUUUUGUUGCAACUUUGAAGGGACACAAAACUCUGCGGUAGUCCAGAAAGAAGACUUCCUAAAGCGCCGAUCCACUGUGUCAUCAUCUGUACAAAAAAAUGAAUAACGCUUUUACGGAUCCUGGUGUUCAGUUGCGGUUCGAGUCCCUGAAAAUAUCGUGGUGCAUCAAACGGAUCUAUCAGCCAAUCACAUGGAAGAACAAAGUACAAGCCGUCAUCUUAGCAGCGUUCCGCUUUCUUCCUUCCUACUGCAUAGCUGGACCUGAAACCGUAGACCCUUUUGCGUGGGUUUGAGUAUUUUUUCUACGUUUUUUUUAAAACACAUUGCAGCGUUUCGUUUUGUGUUUCUUAUCGCUCUUGUUUCGAGUAGGUGCUUAGCCCGUAGCUGGCUAGUGGGCUGAGUUCCAGAAGUGUAAUUGUUCCUUUAUUUUGAGUGAGAGCUAUGAGAUGAAUGCAUAUGCGAGGUUUAUGUUUUAUAUGAUUCAGCGUGUCACCUUGAAGGACAGAGAUGCCUAUUUUUGUUUUGGUGUUCCAGUUGUCGUUUAUCAAUGCGCUAGGUGAUUUAAUUGUUUCUUAUUGCCAUAUCGUGACAGCCUGACGGGACGAAAGCGCCAAAGAUCACUCGAUGGCACGGAUUACAAGCUGGUGUAACGCUGUUGGUUGCCUGGCUCAAAAACUGUAAAUUUUUUGUGAAGUGGCAGUAAGAACAAGUUAAGAUUUUAUUAUAGAUACGGUGGUAAUGUACUUUAGUACGUGAAAAUCCAGCUGGCAUUAGGCAGUUAAAUGUGGUUAGUAUUAAGCGCUACGUAUUUCCAGUCAUGAAGGCGUAAACUUUAAAUGUGGCCAAUGAGAGAAGCGAAAAUUCAACCGUGAUGAAAAAAAGUCAACUUUGAGCAUUUGAGAAGAAGCUGAGAAGAGUUUGAAGCAAAAAGCAAAGCAGCUAACGUGAAGCGCCCGAGUAUAUUUUAGCUGCCUAACGUCUAGAACCGAUCAUAUCACAUGUCGCUUGAUUCACUGCAGACAGCCGGGGUGGGGAACAUGCCCGGAGUACAUGUCAACUAUCAUUUUCGUAUUGAUUUUUCACAUCAUUUCAUGUGUUACGCAUUUGCCACAGUGGCAGCUGACAAUCCAGCUUCGAGGAAUCCUUUCAUUCUGACAAAGCGUGCCGCAAUAAGUACUUUUCUCAUUUUCGUCCCCUCUUUACCCGUAAUCGACCCGAAGGCCGCUGCACAUUGAGUGCGUUUCGAGACUGGUGCCGAAGUCGAGUAAAAAAAAAAAAGUAUGAAGGACGCAAAAAUAAAGUAGGACUGAGAAAUUGCACCACCACCUGUGAAAUGUGUUUACUGUGACAAGGAUGUCAUACAUUUAGAUCUAUUUUUAGAACCCUGUAAAGAAAAGUGUUUUGCAGAGAUGUCCCUCGACAUGUUUGAGGGAGAGAGUUUUCCUAGGGGAAAAAUUGUUUUUUGGUGUCUUUCGUCAGCUGCCUUGUUUGGGAAUAAAAAUGAAGUGAAGUCUUA